UCUGUCUCUGUCAUUAAGUCGUGGCCUUGGUAAGUUAUUAAUUGUCUGAAGUCGCGAAGUGCCAUUUAAUUUAAAAUUCAACACACCCAAGACCGACGUACCCAAAAACAUGAGUUCCAAAUUAAACGAGUACAAGGAUUUACUAGAACGUAAUUUGAACGAUAAGACUAAGCCAUGGACGAAGUACUUUGAUAUCUGCGAGCAAAAAACGGGCGUGAACAGAGUGUAUUUAUUCGUCGGGUUGGUGGCGUUCACCGGUUUAUAUUUAGUAUUCGGUUUUGGCGCGGAAUUAAUAUGCAACUCAAUUGGAUUUGUAUACCCCGCAUAUAUGUCUAUGAAGGCUUUGGAAUCACCACAAAAGGACGAUGACACUAAAUGGUUGACAUACUGGGUGGUUUACGCCUGCUUCUCAGUUGUUGAAUAUUUUUCCGAUUUCAUUGUUGGAUGGUUCCCUCUCUAUUGGUUGAUCAAGUGUGCAUUCAUAAUCUGGUGCUACCUGCCCACGGAAUACAACGGCUCCCUGAUCAUCUACCGCCGCAUCAUCCGCCCCUACUACCAGAAACACCACACCCGCAUUGACAACAUAGCGACCUCGGAUAUCUUGCAAGAGUUGGUUGACAACGCAAACAAAAAUAUCGACAAGACUUUUAAGUCUUUUAAGAAAGUGUUGCCUGAACUGCACAAAGACUAAUCCGUCGAUUUGAGGUAAACGCGAAUAAGCUGUUCCACAUCAACCUUCACGCCUUUUGGCAGACGCAGUAAUGAAGAAUAAUUAAUUCGUAUUAUUAAAUCAUCGACGGGAGUACACCUAAGUUUGCAUUUUGGCCGGCAUAUAAUAAAUUAGAUAGCAAUGCAAAACACUUUAUUUUCUAGGUUCUUUGGUAUGGGUAGAUGAAAUAUUAUAAUGAACUUCUUUACGAUCUAUAGGAUAAGAUCUUUAUAUUUACUUGACUGUUCUGUUUUAGUUUUUAAAUUCUUAGUUAAUUUUUUUUAAAUUAUAAGCGUACAGUAGUACCAUGAAACUCUGUUACAGUUUGCGUAUGAACUGAAAUAAAACUUACUUACGAAAUGUACUCAUAAUAAUAUUAUGUUCACAUUAUUAUGAUCUGAGACAUGUAAACCGAUACUGUAUUGUGACGUGCUAUUGACCAAUAGCAGCGUAGUGUUUCCCUAAAACUAAGCUGUGUGAUUGGUUAAGACAUAAGCGCGCGUUACCAUUUAACUGCGCAAAAGUAACGAAAUAAUAUGGUAGGACUGUAGCUUCUUGAGGUUGUAAUAGUUUCGUUUUUAAAUCUUAAGAUGUUAGUACAAUGAAAUGCCUGUAUUUUUUUAAUUAAAUUCAGUAUUGCUCAAGGAGUGUUAGAUUUCCUUUAACUUUUCGAUGAUUAUUUAGGUAUGCACUUGCCAUAUAAAGUCGGAUUUUUGUAUGUAUGCAAAUAUUUAUUAAUCAUGUAUUCUAUGCUUAGUUUUAAAUCGAUAUUGUGUGCCUUGAAGCUGGCUGUUCACGCGAGAUUUGUCAUUUUUUCACGAAAAUAAAAGGUAUUCAUUGGUA